UAACAAAUUGAAGAACGAGAUUAGAAGAAAUUCCGUUUUUCCUUCACAGAUUAAGGAUUUGUACAUCGGAUUGGUAAAAAACCAAACCUGGGAUGUUCUUGACUUUUUUCCAAACGAAAGCAUUGAAAGCCAGGAGCUGAAGUCUUUACUGAUUCAUUUAUUCAUUUUGUACCAUGCUGCUCCUGAGAUAACCGGUAUUAGUGAACCAUUCCUCAAUAUCUUCCGUUGCCGCCAUCCAUUACCGGAAUUUCUUCCAACGAUGCCGGAAAAUGUCACCCUAUCUGAGUUACGACAGAUUAUAUAUCGUGGUUCGAGUGCACAGAUCUUCAUGUGUCCGAACAACCACCCCUAUGUAAUUACAGAGUGUGGGCGACCCUGGGUUAAAUCAAACUGUCCCAUUCCUGGAUGUGGUGAAGUCAUUGGAGGUACAUCACAUACCGCUGCUAAAGGAAACAGGAAACUGACAGAAAAGGAGAUUCAGGAUCUUGACAAAGGUCAUUCUUUAGGAGAGGCAAUUCAAAUAGAUGACCAAGCAUCUGCUGUACGGAACCUUUCGAGCACAUCAUGCGCAAUUCUGAGGUUCUACUUGCAUGCCACCAUGCUACUUGCUUGUAAAGAAAACAGAAACAUACCAAUUAUAAAAGGUAUGUGCAAAACAAACAGGGAGCCCUUUCCUGAUUUCCUUUUGAAACACGUUCAAAAUGAUUUGAAAAGAAUCCAAAGGGUAUUGGAUUUAAAUUUCGACGAUGUUAUGAUCCUACUUCAUCGUUUGAACUUCAGUAUGCUGGCUUCAUUUAUCCAAACCUAUAGAGGAAACUCAGAUCUGAGAAGCAAAGACGAACGACAGAAAUGGGAGACUGAUUUUCAAAAAGAUGUAUUAGAUCCAAUUAUAUUGGUCCAUGAUCAAGUGUUAAGAGGUAUAAAGACUGAUAUGAAGAAAGAACAUACAGUUUUUGAAGAGAGCACUGAAAAAGAGAGACAUAUUGAAUUUGACAAACUUCACAGAACGGGCAGACUGUGGAAGUACAGGAAACAGAUCUCCGUUCAAAGUUUCAAACUCAGUUUCCAAACAAUGGCUGCAGAGAAAAACAUCAGGCAAGGAAAGUGUUUAUUGCUGAAAGAAUAUUUCAGUUGUAUGCAUUCUUUGCACGGCAUCCGGUUUCUUCCGCAUAUAUUCAGUCUUCAGCGAGAUCUUCUGCAUCGAUUUAAUCGGAAAGCAACCAAAGAUUAUUUGGACACCACAAAGUUCUUUUCUUUAGUUCAAGCGAUAGCAUCAGAAACGGAAAGAGAUCAGUUAACUUCGGACGUAAAUAGAUUCUUGGCAGCGUGGAGAGAGAUGAGACAUCAGUUAGCUGAUUAUCCACUCGUCAUCAAAAAGAGUGAGAACAGUGCAGUAACAACCAUCGUGUUUCCAAGGGACAUGUGUAACACGGAGAUAACUGACGAGUCACCUUUGUCAGUUUUCCUACCUAGUUAUGUGGGGUUGGGACUAUAUUCGUUUGCACUUACCCACUUCUUGCUAUCCCAACAAAAUUCCUUUCUGGAGAAAUACUGUAAUAUUCAUGGUCAUAGUUACAGCGAUUGGCCGAUCAAACUUCCGGGAAAAGCCACCCAAGCUGACAUUAUCGUGAUCGAUGAAACGAGAGAUGUACUGCCUUUAAUUAUUGCUCACAGUCAUUACACUGUUUCUGACAAUGGCAAAACGGCUGAGUUUGAUUUUGAAGGAUUUGAGCGUCAUUUGAAAAGACAAUACAUCGAUGCUAAGCCGAAAUUUGACACCAAACAAAUUCCAGUCAUAAGAUAUACCUCCGAAAGAACAGAAAUUUCCAUGUUUUCUCUCCUAAGGGAGAGAGUUCCGCAGGUUCCUUUGAGUGCAUCACAGGCUUCCAUUCUGGCCGAAGAAUACAGAACUAUUCCUGAAAUAUGUGCCUGUCUUGAUCAUCUCGAUAUAAGUAUCAAAUUUCUGCACGCUGCUAGCCCUGAUCCUGCAGAAAAUCUAUACAAGUUCAUGACAGACACACUCAGAUUUGAAAUUGAUUCAUUUGGAGAGCAGACAAGACAGAUUUGUUCAAUAAAACACACGCAAUGUUUCUGGAUAUUGCUGAUGAUGUGGAAAGCGAAGAAACAAGCCUCAAUUAACCAGGAUCCAUUUGAAAUCUUGAAUGAUACAUAUAAGAUAGGGAUAACCAAAGCACACAGCAAGAUGUUAAAAAACCAUGUCAACUCCUUGCCGAAGGACAAGAAAGCCUCAUUGGAGCAUAUUCUGUUUGAAUCCAUAAUGUUCAUCAUUGGAGAUGAGGAUGAGGAUCAGGAUUUUCAUGAGCUAAAAUUACGAGAUGUGCUGUGCGGUUAUAUCGAUGCCCCAAGAUACUCUUCGAAUCUGUUGGAGGAAGAGGAAUCGGAUAUUGGAACUCCAGCCUACGGUUUGGAAGAUUGCUGGCAAUUCCCAGAGGAGAUAAUGGGAAACCAAUGUGUAAAUGCUUGGAAAACAAUCAUUCUAACAAAAAACUAAUUAUAUAUACUGUCAGACCAGGUCCUAGUAUUCGCCUUGUCAUCUGACAACUAUCGCUUAUUCUUCUGUAACAUUUUUGUACUGUAUAUUAUUAUAUAUCGUAUUGACUUGAUGGGUAUUUGUAGCAGAAUUGUAAAUACAGCUAAAUAUAUCAAUUUGCAUGUAACACAUGAAGAGAUUGUAUAAUUCUUGUCAAUUGUUCUUAUACAUGUACUAUAAUAUUAUGAAAAAGCAGCUCUCUCUAUUUCACAUUAUUGAUUUAUGAGCUAGAUACAAUAUAAUACUAGUGGGUUUUUUUUUAUUUUGUACUGGUCAGUUUAUAUAUCAGUUUCUCGAAAUGAUGUAGGUACAUGUAACGGAUUUUUCCUCUAAAUGAUAUACCACACAUGUACCAGUUUGUGUAAUUGAUACAUGUAUCAGAUGAUCUAAAUAAUACAUGUAUCAGAUGAUCUAAAUGAUACAUGUAUCAGAUGAUCUAAAUGAUACAUGUGUCAGAUGAUCUAAAUGAUACAUGUAUCAGAUGAUCUAAAUGAUACAUGUAUCAGAUGAUCUAAAUGAUAUAUGUAUCAGAUGAUCUAAAUGAUACAUGUAUCUAGAGGAAGCAUAUACCAGAUUAUCUUACUGAUGUAUGUACCGCUGUAUCUAAGUGGUACAUAAAGCAGUUUAUUUUUUUUUUCAAGUUUAUAACUUGUUUUCAGAAGAACAAUGAUUCUUGAGAUGACAACAUUACAAUAUGGUUGUAAGAAAUUCAUAUCAAUGAUGAUCACAGUGUGUGUCAAUAGGUACCAGGAAUGUCCAUCACAAAGUCAGAAUGUAAUAUACGCUUGCACAACUUAUCUUCUGAGAAUGCUAGCUAUAAUCUUGUAAUCACUGUUUUAUGUCGUUGAAUAUAUCGUAAAUGAAGACUGUGGUUUACGCUUCGUAAUGAUGACUAAUUGUAUACUAACUGUUUACAAUUGAAAUAUCUAAAUGUAAUUUUUUAGACGCAAAACCUAUGUUUGCAGUUUAUAAAAAUUGAUUUCAUACUUUUGUAGUUAAUCUGUCAAUAAUAAACGUGUGUUGUUUCAA